AUGCAGCACUGGGCCUGGGCCUUGGCCUGGGCCGCGGCCCUCCUCUGGCUGCAGCUCACACUCCUCCAGGGUGUCCGGGCACGGCGGCAGCCCAGCCAGUACAUGGAGCCCCCCAACAACACCACAUCCCACAGCGAGUGGCCGCCGGGCGCCCCCAAGGUCUCUGCCAGGCACAGUGGGAACAGGGUCCAAGAGGGCCUGGUGGUCAGCACGCCAGCCCUGUCCCCUGCCCUGCAGCCUUCCAAGGCCUCGAGACCUGAGUUCUCAGACGCCCACAUGACAUGGCUGAACUUCGUUAGGCGGCCCGACGACGGGGCCUUGAAGAAACGGUGCCGAGGCCGGGACAAGAAGUCGCAGGGUCUCUCAGGCCCCCCAGGGCCUCCUGGACCCCCUGGGCCCCCAGGGCCCCCUGGUGCAGAAGUCACCCCGGAGGUCCUGCUGCAGGAAUUUCAGGAAAUGCUGAAAGAAGCUGCCGAGCGGCGGUUCCCAGGGCUGCCAGGCCCGCUGCCGCCCCAGGGGCUGGGCCUGCGGCUGGUGGACGAGGCCUUUCACUGCCGGCUGCGCAGCCCCCAGCUGGUGGACAGGCGGACGCUGGUGGAGCUGCGCGGCUUCCAGGCCCCCACUGCCCAGGGCGACUUCCUGCGGGGGUCCGGCCUCAGCCUGUCCUCGGGCCGAUUCACAGCCCCGGUGUCUGGCAUCUUCCAGUUCUCUGCCAGCCUGCACGUGGACCACAGUGCGCUGCAGGGCAGGCCGCGGCCUCGGGCCCGGGGCACGGUGCGUGUGCUCAUCUGCAUCGAGUCCCUGUGCCAUCGCCAUGCGUCCCUGGAGGCCGUCUCAGGCCUGGAGAGUAACAGCAGGGUCUCCACGGCCCAGGUGCAGGGGCUGCUGCAGCUGCAGGCUGGACAGUAUGCUUCCGUGCUUGUGGACAACCGCUCUGGGGUGGUUCUCACCGUCCAGGGCGGCUCCAGCUUCUCCGGGCUACUCCUGGGCACGUGAGCCAUCACCGACUCAUCUCAGAGCACCCUGUUACUACCUGUGGUCACCCCAAUAAACAGCCCUCAGCCCUC